AUGAGUAUUCUUUAUGACUUUCUUAAUGAUCUCGAAGCAAUUCGAGAUUCCAUUGAUGGUUUUCGAGCUGCAUGGAAUGGAAAUCUUUCUGUUGUGAAGGAAUUUCUUAAUAAAUAUCCAAGAUUCAAAGACAAAUCUGGUCCUUGGGGUACAACAUUACUUUAUUCAGCAGCAAGAAAUAAUCACAUGCCAUUGGUCGUCUAUCUCGUAACCGAGGCACAUUGCUCUGUCAAUGCACUCAAUCAGCAACAUAUUGAAAAAGCUCUAUUGAAAGAAACUAUCCUUGCCGAUGAUUAUCAAGUAUCAACAAAAGCCGGUUCAGCUGCUUUACAUGCUGCAUGUUUCGGUGGAUAUUUGCAGAUUGUUAAAUAUCUAGUUGAACUUGGAGCAAAUUAUUUUCUUCGAAAUCAAGCAGAAGAAACACCGAUAAUGAAUGGAGAAAUUCAUGAACAUAUUAUUGACUAUUUUCAAAAUUUGCUCAAUCUUGGUUACACAAAACAAGACCAUUGUUUAUCUGUGAGACCGAUUGUGGAAGGAACCAAUCAACCUAUCAAAGAUUGUCUCUGGGAAUAUAAAACAUUUUCGAAUUUGGAAUGGUUUCUAUUUAAUCAAGAUGCAUCGAAAGAAUUGAAUGAAUCAUUGAUUGAUUCAUCUAGUCAACAAUUUAAACAGGAAAUUUAUAUUAAAGAAUCUUCUACUAUUUAUACGAUUUCGACUAUUCGUUUUCUACGGACCGGGAUGAGUAAUGAUCAAUACGAAGAGCCAGCAUGGAUUCGAUGUCGUGGUUCAUCGAUUUUAAAUUUCGAUUGUUAUGCUAUAUGGCAAAUUCUUUUAACCAAACAUCCACAAUCGAAAUCGGAUACGGAAACAUCUCUCGAACCUAUUGAUCUUUCGAUAAUAGACGAUCAAACAUCGGAGAUUCAGCUUAAUGUUUGGUAUAAUUGUGAUGCAAAAACAAAUGAUCUUUUGGAUAAAGCGAUGAGCAAUCGACGAAGACAAAUUAAUCUAUGUGUCGAUAGUUUGGCCAAUGAUGAAUUACAAUUCGAUCUAAUGAAAUUUUCAAUACAAAAUAAACAAAAUACUAUAUCGGGUUUUCUACGAUGGAUACCGAAGUUGGUAUCUAAUAAUGAGAAGAAUAAACAUCGAAUAACAAAUAUUGAUAAUUUUCAAACAUUAACCAAUCUUGAACCGGCACCAUUGACAACGAAACGUCUUCGGGAAGUGUCACAAGUCAUUCAUCUAAAUCCUGUCGAACAAGAACCUAUUGAUAAUUCCAAUGAUGAAGAUUUUGAAUUAUCCAACAAUGUCAAUAGAGAUGAUAAUUGUGAUGCUGGUGACGAGAACAAUCAGCAGACGGAUGCGUCAUUCGACAUUCAUUCGAUUUCACUCGAUGCAAUGACAACGAAUGACAAUAUGCCAACUCUAAUUACAACAACAAAUAACACUGAACAUAACGCUGAGAUCAAUCCCGACGAUUAUCUUAAUGAUAGUAAAACUGAAGUUACUACUUCGCAACAAUCUUGUCCAGUUGAACCGAUAGAGUCCUCAGUAGAAUCAGAAGCAUCACAACAGAAAUUAACUGAAUUGAAUGCAAAAAUAAACAAUUUGCGAGAAUCUCACGCUAUUCAACUAGCAAAAAUUCAAAGGCAAAAUUCUUUUCUUGAUGAAAUAGAGGAAAAACGCCGAAUAGAUUUGGACAUGGCUCAAAAACAACUCGAUGAAUUGCAUCUUCAACAAAGAGAAAAAGAAAAACAAUGGAUUACUACCAAGACAAAAAUCGAGCAAAAAUAUGAGAAAGAAAAGCAAGAAUACGAACAAAAUUUAAAUAUGGCUCUGGAACAAAAUACCAAAUUGAACGAGCAAAUACAACGAUUACAAAAAAAACAAGAAACAUUCAAGAAAAUGGAGGGAAAUAUUCAAGUGAUUCCCUACAAUAAUAUCGACAUCCAAAUUAUACAGAAUUUCAUCAUACCAAAAUUCGAAUCUCUCGAACGUUAUCUUAAAGAAAGUGUUCAAAUUAUGGACGAAUAUUUCAUUGAUCUGAUACCUAAAAUAACAUUCCGAAAAGAACAUUCGACAUAUACGAUUAUUGUUCGUGGUUUUCCCAAUCAUCAGAACGCUUUUCAAGCUGCUCUAAAACGAAUCAUUCAUUUAUCGAAUUCGAAUAAUUUAGCAAACAAAUUCUAUCAAGAUUAUUUAAAUCAAAUAAAACAAGCAAUCAAUCAAACAUUAAUCAGAAUCAAAGCGAAGACACAUUGUUGGAAACAAUAUGUGAAAAAUUUCAUUGAAUUAUUAGAAGAAAAGAUGACAGAAUAUAUCAAUCGAUUCAAUAUUUCUAUUCGUGAUAAAUCAAACACAUUAAUUGAACAAUCUAUUUUUGGAAUAUUGUCAAAUCCACCAUGGAUUGAACUUCGACAACAUAUAAAUCAGUUCUUAGACGAAAAUACAUUCGAAAACGAAAUCGAAAAAAUCAAACAUCGAGCACUUGAUGAAUUUAUCAAACAAAAUAUUUCAUAUCAACGAUUAAAACUCGGUCAAAUUCCAACAGAAAAAUCUGUCAAUACAAUUAAAUAUUUUAUUGAUCAAAUUCGAACAAUAUUCAUGACAAAUCCAAAGUAUAAAGGUCAUAAAGAACAACAUUUCAAUUUAAUACCAAGUUUAUUACAACAAAUAAUGAUCUACUAUUCCUGUUUUACCGUACAAUUACCAUUGUUCGAAUCGUCCAAAGAUCUAUUGGAUAACAUUGACAAACAUACUGUAACAACUAUUACAACAUCAACAGGUUCAGGAAAAUCUACUUUACUACCAGCUCUGCUCAUAGCAGAGGGAUAUGAUAGAGUUCUUAUAACUCAACCUCGUCGUUUACCAUGUGUACUGAUUUCUCAGCGUGUUAAUGAAACCAUCGAAACAGAUACGGCUGAUACACAACAAAAACUAGCCGGAUUUGCAGUUAGUGGUGAUAAAUGUAAUUCUUAUGCUAAGAUCCUUUAUUUAACUGAUGGUCUACUCAAAGAACGUCUGUUAUAUGACGAAAAUUUUAUUUCUGUUCAUACUCGAGUAAAUAAAUCCAUUGUAUUCUUUAUCGAUGAAGUGCAUGAACGUUCGGUUAAUAUUGAUCUCUGUCUGGCGUUGUUAGCUCGAUUGUUGACGAUAAAACCAAUUCUAAAAUCAAAAAUGAAAAUUAUAAUCUCAUCUGCUACUCUCGAUCAAUCUGUUCCAAUACUUUUUCAACAAAUACCAAAUAUUAGUUUUCCUAAAUUCAAUAUGCCACAAAAUGGUUAUCUACAUCCUAUUGAAAAAUUUCCUCGACCAAAAGAAAAUAUUUUAGAUAUUGUACAAGAAUUAUAUAAAAAACGUCAACGAAAUGAUCAAAUUUUAUGCUUUGUUAGUUCUGUCGCAGAAGUUCAUCAGUGUUGUAGUUUAAUAGCCGAAUUAACUAAUCACACAAUCAAAGCUUAUCCUAUAACACAAUCACAAUCAGCAUCUGAUCAACAAUAUUAUAUUGAACAUGGUAGUGUCUUCUUUUCAACCACUAUUGCGGAAACAUCAUUGACAUUUCCAUCAUUGAAAUAUGUCAUCGAUACGGGCAUGGUGAAUAUACCUAUUUAUAAUCCCGAAUCGAAACGAACCGUACUGGAACAAGUUCGAGCAGCUGAAUCAACCAUAAAACAACGUAUGGGUCGAUUGGGUAGAACAAGACCUGGAGAAUAUUAUUAUUUAUAUGAUUUUCGAGUAGAAGAUAAACCUUAUCCAACACCACAUAUACAACUAUCGGAUUUGACGAAUAUUGAAUUUUCUUUAAGGAGAUCAUCGAUUAAAAAAGGAUUACAUUAUAUGCAACAAUUUUUACCGGAUGAACCACAACCAAAAGCUAUAAAUGCGGCAAUUAAAGAGCUCAGAAGAAUGGGCAUUUUGGAACUGGCUCCUAGCAAUCAGUUUACUGCAGAAGGUGAAUCUUUAGCUAAACUACCUGAUUUUGGCUCAUUAGUCAUGUCCAAAGCAGUUUUAGCUGCUUUGGAUAAAUAUCAAUGUGGACGUGAUCUUAUUGCUCUUGCAUCGAUUCUCAGUGUUCUAAAUACAACCGCUCUACUAAAAGGUUUACCACAAUCGAUGAAAAGUUCCGAUGGAGAUUUUAUGACAUUAUUGAAUGUAAUGAAUGAAGUUUUGCUUGUCAAACAAUCUGUUUCAUCAAAACAAUUCGCGCUAUCGAAUUUUUGUCAAGAGAAAGGAUUACGUAGUAUUCAACAUAUUAUUCGACAAGCAUGGAGACGUUAUACAAGUCUAGAAAGAGCAUUUAAUCUAUCAGAUGAAUAUCGUAUAAAAGCACAAAUUCAAUCAGGAGAAUGGAAACGUAUAGCACUAUCAUUAUUAGCUGGCUAUGCUGAUAACGUAUUUGUUUCCAUGAAAGAACUGAAUGGACGAAUCCAUCGAUUUGUUCGAUAUACAAACGCAGUUGAAAUAGCUAAAUUAGAUCUUCAAUCGACUUUAACACGUCCAAUAAGUCAAGCUCCUGUCUCACUUGUAUUAGCAAGAGAUAUUCGCUAUACAACAGCAAUUCGUUCGGUGGCAAUCAUUUCAUUUGUUGGUGAAUUAAAACCAUCAUGGGUUCAAUAUACAUUAGAUCGUGAUAUUCCAGCUAAUUCUGAGGAAAAGCAGCAACUACGUAGGAAGAAUAUAUUUUCAAAAAUUCGAUCGAUCAUAUCCAAUAUUAUGAAUCUUUUUGGGGAUAAUCGACCGAUUCAAUUGUCUGGUAUAGCAGGUACUGUUUUUCAUGAUGAAUUACUGCUUCGAAAAGGAAUGAUAUCAACAAUGAAGUUCAAAUUGGAGAAUAAAUGUCAACCAGACACAGCUGAUUUUGAAAAUUUGUCUAACAAUUUGAAAAGUGUAACAAAAAUGAUUUAUAUCUUUCAACCGAUGCAAUGGCGAUGGGAAGCUGAAAAACAAGUGAAGAUACUGAUUAAUAAUGAUCCAGCUACAAAUACUUGUGAGAUUACAGUCGAAGGACAAGAUUCAGAAAAUCAAAAAGUCAAAAAAGAAUUCAAUUCAUUUGUGUCUUGGUUGAAACGUUGUGUUAUCAUUCGACCACCGAAUGCAGGCGUUCAACCACGACUUCUUCGUCCAAAAAUGCGUAAAGCCUAUCCCGAAAUUGAAGAGAAAAUUUCUCAUAUUACAGCUAGUGAACGAACCAUGGUCGACCUUUAUAAAGGUAUCAAAAGCACAGAUGCAACACGUGAAACACGCAUGGAAGUCGUUGCUUGGAUAGCUAUCUGUAAAUUUAAUUGUAAAUUAGAAGGUGGUUUCGUUCGUGAUUGGAUCGUCGGUAAUUAUCGAUCACGACCAAUUAAUCUUUUAAACAAUCCAAAACGUUGGAUUGAAUAUCGGACCAAUGCCAACGGUGAUAACAUUCCCUAUAUCAACAAAGAAGUAGUUCCAUCCGAUUUGGAUUGUCAUUUACCUUUAAAUAUUUAUUUUGAUAUUGAUAAAUUCCAAGAUGAAUUAUACAAAUCCGAUAUAACCUGUCGAGUAUUUCGAGAAGAUUGGAGAUAUGUUGUACUGAUCGAUGAAGAUGCACCAACUGGUCCAUUUACGAUGGAUCUAAUUGAACCACAUGUUGCAUUGACACAUGAUCGUAUUGAUUUUGAUGUUAGUAAUCUUUCAUUAGAAAAAGAUUAUCCACGUGAAAUAGGUAUGCGUAUUGAUAUAACAGAAUCACCUUAUUUUAUUGAAUUAGAAACGAUUAUUGAGAAUAUUAAAAGUAAACAUUUUCAAGUUCUUCGUCCAAUUGAUAAACCAGUCACAGAUCGUAUUGACAGAAUGAUUCAACGUCAAUGGACACAAAUCGGAGAACCAAUGGAUUAUAUACCACGACCUCACCUGAAACAUGCUGUUCUUGUACCAUUACCAUCCUCAUCAACUUUAUAUAAAGCAUUAUUACAAAAGAUGCAAACCAUUGGACCGUCGAUGAAAAUUAUUUCUAUUGAAGAAAUUAGAAAUCCUCUCUUGGAAGAUACAUAUGAAUCAAUGAAAAAAGUUAUAGCAAGAGAAUGUCCGAAUCAUAAUCCGAAUGAACAAAAACUCUUUCAUGGUACUAAGGGUGAUGCUAUCAAAGGUAUCGUAGAUGAUGGUUAUGAUGAUCGAUUUUUCAGUCAAGGAGGAGCGUGGGGUCCUGGCGCUUAUUUUGCUGAUAAUCCUCAAAAAUCUCACAAAUACACAGCUGCAUAUCAAAGUAUUCAACCACGUGUAAUGUUUUAUAAUAAGCUCCUGAAAUAUAACCCAAAUUGGGUACUUUACACGAUUACUGAUCGAUAUGCCUACUUUACACUCUUACCAAAACCAAUUGCAGAAUAUAAUGUGAGAAAUGCACCUUUUCUUUCGUUGGAACAGUUUAGUGAUGCUCUCAAAUUAGCUCGAAUGCCAAUAAAAGAUUUUUGCACUUUUGCAUGCCAUUCACUAGGACCUAUGAAAGGAAAAGUAAUUGUGUUUACCAAUUGUCCGAGAAGUGGUUCUACACUGAUAACUCAAAUGGUUCAGCGAUGA